UUCGGGGUGUUGUGAAUUCGUUUAGCCAAGGAAUCCUGAGUGGGAGUUGUCGGGAGCGAUUUGUUGUGCGUUUUGUCCGUCCAUUCGCACCGAUUACCAACCGAAGCCAUGCCCGGAAUAGAGAAGCUGCCGAUAGAGGAGACGCUGGAGGACAGCCCUCAGACGCGCUCUCUGCUGGGAGUGUUUGAGGAGGACACGACAGUGAUGUCCAACUACUGCACACAGCUCUAUGAGGCCAUGCAGAGGAUUUAUGACGCACAGAAUGAGCUCAGUGCUGCGACACACCUGACCUCCAGACUGCUGAAAGAGUACGACAAACAGCGUUUUCCUCUAGGGGGCGAUGACGAGGUGAUGAGCUCCACCCUGCAGCAGUUUGCAAAAGUCAUCGAUGAGUUGAGUUCCUGCCAUGCCGUCUUGUCCACCCAGCUUGCAGAUGCCAUGAUGUUUCCGAUCACUCAGUUUAAAGAGAGAGACCUGAAGGAGAUCCUCACUCUGAAAGAAGUCUUCCAAAUAUCCAGUGAUGACCACGACGUCGCCAUCAACCGAUACAGCCGCCUGUCCAAGAAGAGGGACAACGACAAGUUGCGGGCGGAGGCCGUGGAGGACGUUUACACCUCCCGCAAGAAACACCACCAGACCAUGAUGCACUACUUCUGCUCGCUGAACACGCUGCAGUACAAGAAGAAGACGGCUCUGCUGGAGCCGCUGCUGGGCUAUAUGCAGGCGCAGAUCAGUUUCUUUAAGCUGGGUUCAGAAAACCUCACCCAGCAGUGGGAGGACUUCCUGGGAACCAUGGGAACCAGUGUCCAGAACGUGCGUCGGGAGAUGGAAGAGGAGGUCGGGCAGAUGCAGGAGACCAUCCAGGACAUGGAGAGAUCAUGUGACCAACUGUACGCGCCGUGUGACCCUGACCCCGCCCACUCGCCGGUCUCCCGCAACCUGACCAGGAAACAGGGCUACCUGCACAUCCGCAGUAAGACGGGGCUGGUGUCCUCGUCCUGGGAGCGCCAGUACUUCUUCACGCAGGGCGGGAACCUGAUGCAGCAGGGCCGCGGCGAGGUGGCGGGCGGCCUGGUCACCGACCUGGACAACAGCUCCGUCAUGGCGGUGGACUGCGACGACCGGCGCUUCUGCUUCCAGGUCACGUCCUUCGACGGCAAGAAAGUGGUGACGCUGCAGUCGGAGAGCAGGAAGGACUGCGAGGAGUGGAUCGCCACCAUCAACAACAUCUCCAAAAGGAUCUACCUGAGUGAGAACGCAGAGGAGCUCGCAGCCCGAGUGAACCAAUCCGCUCUCGAGGCCGUGACGCCGUCGCCGUCCUUCCAGCAGAGACACGAGAGCAUGAGGCCCAGCAGUAAAGGGCGUGCGGGCCGAGCGAGCAGCAUCAGCUCUGUGGGCUCCGAGCCGUCGCCGGCUCUGUCUGUGCUCUCAUUGGAUGCCCUGGUUGCCCCGGACACGCCCAUCCAGUUUGACAUCAUAUCGCCCGUCAGCGAGGAGAACUCCGGACAGAGCAAGACGGCCCAGUCCGGCAGAAGGAGUAAUCCAUUUGGAGAGUCGGGAGACAGCACAUCAGAAGACAGUGAAGACUCGAUCCUCCACCAGCUCUUCAUCGUUCGCUUCCUGGGCUCCAUGGAGGUGAGGACCGCCGAGUCCACAGACGUCAUCCCUGAGACCAUGAGGCAGAUCCUGGCAGCCAGAGCCAUCCACAACAUCUUCAGGAUGACCGAGUCGCACCUGCUGGUCACCUGCGACUGCCUCAAACUCAUUGAUCCUCAAACACAAGUCACUCGACUCCGGUUCCCCCUCACCUGUGUGUCUCAGUGUUCGUCCCACCAGGACAACCGGAGGCUGUUCGGUUUCGUCCUGCAGCCGGCGGGCGGGCAGGGCGACGCCCGGGCCGUCUGCUACAUCUUUGAGUCCAACAACGACGGAGAGAAGAUCUGCGACAGCGUCGGCCUGGCCAAGCAGAUCGCCUUCCACUCCAAGAUGGACCGUAAGGCCGUGGAGAAGAGGAAGGAGCACGACAAGGCUAAAGAGAAACAGCAGGAGGAACUGAGCAAACAGAAGCAGAUCGAGAAGGAUCUGGAGGAGCAGAGCCGCCUGAUCGCCGCCUCGAGUCGCCCCGGCAACCAACCCGCCGCCGACGGACAGGUGCUGGUGCUUAGCAACAGCCAUUCGGAGGACAGCGAUGCGGGCGAGGAGGGGAAGAAGAGGGGGGAGUCUGAGGCCUGACGGCCCGGCGAGUCCCAGCUGGUCCCUGCUCAGGAAUCAGAGGAGGCCCGGGCUGAAAAACAUGCGCUCCCUCUCCGGCUGGACUCUGUGAGCGGAGGAUAAACUAAACGCACCCUCGCUAUAUGAGGAGGAGGGCAGUGUGGAAACGUCACAGACUUUCCUGGGGAAAACAAAAAAAAAAGCUGCUUUUUAUACCGUCCCUCCAGAAGAGGACCGAGGUAUAGUUUUAAUCUGCAAGUUUGUGUUUUGUUUUUAAUGUUUUGUUUUAUAGAAAGAGCUUACGGGCAACGAGGGAGGAGAGCAGCGAGUGCUGAAUAAAGAACAUCUGACGGAGACAAAGCCACAUUCAGAAGGCACCAACAGAGGAAGAGGGAGUCUAAUUUUGAAAAGUACUUCCUGAUGUUUCUUAUCAUUUAAAAAAAAAAAACAACAAGCCUCCUGGAUGCAUCAUCGGAUCUUUAUCAUCUUUCCCUCAGUCUUUAUUCUGUAAAACGAUGAGAUCGGUCGUCAUGACUACAUCAGAGUUAUGUCAUUCUUUUUCUGUGGUCUCUGCCGGCUGAUUAUUACGGUUCAUUGACGUUUACCUAAGCGGAUGAAUUACAUCUGGAUGAUAUGCAGGUUACAAAUGGGCUGAAUUCGGUUUAAAUAUAUAAAUGUGUGUGUAUAUCUUUUUAGGAUGUGUUGGUAAUACUCUUCAAACCAAAUGAUCAAAUACUUCGUAUGAAAGUAUUAAUGGAAAAAAAUGAUAUAAACACAGAAAUGACCUCGCGUACAAAACAAAAGUCAACUUCUGAAAUCCCCCCCCCCCAGCGUUUCUUUGUUGCAGAUUUGUUGGGGAAAUUAUCGGACAUUUGUUCUCCGUCCGGCGUCUCAUGCCAUUUGUAUGCAAAGUGUGUUUGUGUGUGUUUGUCUGUCUGUGUUUGUGCGUGUGUGUGUGUGUGUGUGUGUUAUAUCAGGAAGGAAAAUCCAGAAUAAAAAGAUCUGAUUUUGAAGGUUCCACAAAUCUGCAACUUCUCCCUCCUACAAAAUAAAUAGCUGCAUGCAAGUAGUGCUCAUUAAUAAUGAUAAUAAUAGCUAUAAUCAUAUUUUAUAUCCUAUACUUUCUUAGUCCAUUACGAUAAACAAAAGCACAAAUCGGAUCAAUGAUCUCUUCACUUUGGCCUUGUUGACUCUUUAUUUUUGAAAACUUUUCUGAUUAUUUGACAUUAAUUCACUUUAAUAAUGAAUUUUGAUCAUCUGAUCCUCAUCUGCCUCAGUUCCUCAGUUCACAGCUUUUUCCAUUAAUCUGACUUUUAUACAUAGGAGAAGAGGUCAGGAUGUUAAAGGUCAGAGGUCACAGCCCCCUGUGGGGAUGUUUCUUAAAGCAUACAUCAACGGUUAAUAAUGAAUUUGUAUUUUAGGGAGAAGUGGAGCUACAAUUUACUGACGCAGUGAUAAUUGUUUGUCAUAAGUGGAAAUAAAAAAAAUCUUUUCUGUGAUAAAUAAAAGCACUAACUCCA